AGUUCUUAUCACAGCACUAUUAUGAGGCAACGGCAUAUUGUUCACGAUGAGGAAACGGACGUUGUGCCUGUCUCCAGACCGAUCGCGCGUCGUUUGGCUGAAGCUGACCUUUUCCCCAAACCCCGUGAAGAUUAUCAGCGGAAACAGACAAAGUACGGCGCUGUUGUGAGUCUGGUUACCAUCGUUAUCAUGACUCUUCUCGUCCUGUGGGAAGGGAUCGCGUAUUUGCGUGGCCGCGAUGCCUACGACACCGAUGUGACAAUUGACGCCAGUUCAUCAGAUGACAUGCAGGUGAAUCUCGACGUUCUUUUUCCGAACCUGCCUUGCAACAGGCUGAGCAUCGACGUGAUUGAUGCAACAGGCACGUGGCAAUUUGACUAUUCCGGUGCCGUGCAUAAACUCCCCUGUGGAAUCGAUAGGUUGUCGAUGUACAAAGGUAACCAACAGGAUCUUGAAUUGGCAGGCGCGAAUCAAAAGAACAAAGAAGGCAAGAUGUGCAAAAAAUGUCCUUCGGCGCUUUUUCGUGAGUUUCCCGAAAGCUGGCGCGCCUCUUUGCAGUCGAUAUGCUGCAACACUUGCGAGAGCGUCCUGGCGAUUUUUAAUGAAACUGGAAAGCCUGCACCAAAUAUAGAAUACAUCCCGCAGUGUCUAGAGCAGCUUUCCGUGCGUGGUCGUGGGUGUAAUGUGGUUGGAUCGCUGGACCUGAAAAAGGUGCCAGUGACGGUAGUUUUAGGACCGCGCCGUACUGGAGCCAAAUACGCUUUCCACGACUUUAUCCGACUUGAUACCUCUCACAAAAUUAACAAACUCCGCAUUGGUAAUGAAAGCGUGGAACGUUUCUCAGAGAACGGCAUUGCGGAGCCACUGACAGGUCAUGAAUCUUUUGCCACGACCUAUUUGGAGACCCGCUAUUAUGUGAAAGUUGUGCCGACAACAUAUCGAACAAAAAAGUCGCAAGACCUAAAAGCGUCAACUUAUGAGUACAGCGCGCAGUGGAGUAGUCGACCCAUCAUUCCAGGAAUGAGUGGUCAAGUUCCUGCGGUGUUGAUCAGCUUUGAGCCGUCGGCCUUACAAGUCAACAACAUUUUUCAACGGCCACCGUUCACCCAUUUCCUUGUGCAGCUGUGCGGCAUCGUGGGCGGCAUCUUUGUCAUUUUGGGCUUCCUCGAUCGAUGUGUCGAGUGGUGCGUUACGCACAUGAGCAGCACCUGA